GAUCCACCGGCACAACCCCUGGUGACCUUUCUUAGGGUUUCCUGCGCGGAAGGUGAUGGAGGUUUCACAACUUCUCAGCGCUGGACCGAGGCUGUCUUUGAGGGCGUACAAGGCCUAGCCUCACCUGUGCCGCUGGGGGCAUCCGGUGUCAUUUUCACGCAGGCAAAUUGCAACAACGGACGGCUUGUGGAGGCCUUGAAAACCGUACCUCUGGCUGCAACAGGUCAGCGGCUUAUUAUCCAACAGCCGAGGCUGAGUGUAGGAGAACCGCUAAUGCGCGUAAGCCCAAUUUCUGUUAUGGGUCCUGUUAUUUUCAUUCCAGUUCUGUAA